GCACGCCACUGUUACAAAGGCAAAGCAUCCGCUUCGAAUAUGUCAAACAAAAUCGAAGAAAUCAUCGAUUUUUGGUUCAGACCAGGUCAUGUAAAAUGGUGUGGCGGCACAGAAGAAGCGAAUACUGAAAUUCGACAAAAAUAUGGAGAUUUAGUGGAGGCUGCUUUCGAAGGCAAGCUAGAGGAAUGGAAAGACGAACCGAGGGCAAGUCUAGCUUUGAUCCUAAUCUGUGAUCAAUUUUGUCGAAAUGUGAACAAGGGUACGAAGCGAAUGAACGGACUCGACCCGAUUGCAUUGGAAAUAGCUCAGAAAUUUCUGCAGCAAAAGACCCACAACCAUUUGGCCUUCUCGUUCUUCGAGCGUAUGUUUAUAUACCUACCCUUUAUGCACAGCGAGGAUCGAGCCAACCAAGAGCUCUCGGUGAAACUGUUUACACGACUCGCCGAGGAUGCAAAAACACCAGAUGAGAAGAAAGCAGGAGAGAAUACGUUGAAGGGAGCAAAGAAUCAUAAAGAGGUCAUUGAUAGAUUCGGUCGGUAUCCACAAAGAAAUGCCUCUCUGGGACGAGAAAAUACACCAGAAGAAGCAGAAUUUUUAGUUGAUUUGCCAUGCAAAUAUAAAUGGUAAAUUUGGUGACCUGUUGGACUGACGUAUCAGUGUUGUAAAAAUUUAAAAAGUAUAGGGGAAAACUACAAUUACUUCUCCAAAAAGGCAAUUAUUACAGAUUUUCAAAUUACUUUCCUUGAAUAGUAAUUUUAAAUUACUAAUUACUUGUUACUAGGGGUUACUAUCGCAAGGAAAGUGCUGCUUUGGAUCCACAGGCAAAUACUGAAACCUCAAAUAUAUCUGAAAACUAAAUACAAAAUUAUUUUCAUUUGGCUUAAAAUACAUUUACAUGUACCCAUCAG